GUGGCUGUGGCCGUGGCCGUGGGAGGCGGGCCCGGCGGACCCCAGCGCUCGGGGACCGGCCCCGGCGCCCGCUUCCCCAGCGCGUCGCGGCCACGCGGCCCGGCCGAGUCCAGAGACCACUCACCCCCGGCCGGGCGCAGCCGCGAUGUCGGUGGCGGGCCUGAAGAAGCAGUUCCACAAAGCCAGCCAGCUCUUCAGCGAGAAAAUCAGUGGCAUCGAAGGAACGAGACUAGAUGACGAGUUCCUUGACAUGGAGAGGAAAAUAGAUGUCACCAAUAAAGCUGUCGCAGAAAUUCUUUCAAAAGCCACGGAAUAUCUUCAGCCGAAUCCAGCAUACAGAGCUAAGCUGGGAAUGCUGAACACUGUGUCGAAGAUCCGAGGGCAGGUGAAGACCACCGGCUACCCGCAGACGGAGGGCUUGCUGGGCGACUGCAUGCUGAAGUACGGCCGGGAGCUCGGGGACGGCUCCGCCUUCGGUGGUGCACUGAUAGAUGUUGGUGAAUCCAUGAAGCUCAUGGCCGAGGUGAAAGACGCCCUUGAUAUUAACGUAAAGCAAACGUUUAUUGACCCACUUCAGUUACUGCAAGACAAAGACUUAAAAGAGAUCGGGCACCACCUGAAGAAGCUGGAGGGCCGGCGCCUGGACUACGAUUAUAAGAAGAAGCGAGUAGGUAAGAUUCCAGACGAAGAAGUCAGACAAGCGGUAGAAAAAUUUGAAGAGUCAAAGGAGCUGGCUGAACGGAGCAUGUUUAAUUUUUUAGAAAACGAUGUAGAACAAGUCAGCCAGCUGGCCGUGUUUGUGGAGGCCGCACUCGACUACCACAGGCAGUCCACCGAGAUCCUGCAGGAGCUGCAGAGCAAGCUGCAGACGCGGAUAUCGGUCGCAUCCACCCUGCCCAAGCGAGAGUACAAGCCUCGGCCCCUGAAACGGAGCCCCAGCGAGCUCAACGGGGUGCCCACCUCCUCCACGGCGAAGUCAACAGGCCCCCACGCCCCGCCGGACCAGCCCUGCUGCCGCGGCCUCUACGACUUCGAGCCGGAGAACCAGGGAGAGCUAGGGUUUAAAGAGGGGGACAUCAUCACGCUGACGAGCCAGAUAGACGAGAACUGGUACGAGGGGACUCUCCGCGGGGAGUCCGGGUUCUUCCCCAUCAACUACGUGGACGUGGUCGUGCCUUUGCCUCCGUGAGCGUGGGGCCCGGACGCCGGACCAGCCCUCGGCCCCCAGAGGAAGGCCCGCCCCCCUGCCCCC